AUAAAAUAUAUAUUUAGUGCGGAAAUGCUUAAUGGCGGCGCCCAUGAAAAGCAAAAUUGAAAACAAAGAAAUUGGUUUUUUUACGAAUAGAUAUUACAAUCAGCAAGUAACAGAUGGUAGAUUCAUAUGGUUAAAGUAUGGCGACCAUUAAAAUGGAGGGAACUACUACAACCAUUAAAAAAGAACCAGGUAUUGGCAGUGGUCUAGCUAAUCAGGUGAAAUUAACAUUGAUGAGAGCGUGGACAGAAAGAUGGUCAGAGGUACAGUGGGGAGUUCAUCUCAAACGUAUACUAGCAACAAAUUCUAAUGAAGGUGUUGACUUGGCAGAAAUUUUACUACAGCAGGCUUUAGUUGGAAGUAGUCCUAAUUCACUGGUUUUAUCUUAUCUAAAACAUAUUGUAUUAUCACAGGUGAUACCACAUAGUACAGUUUUUAAACAUAUAUCAACAUAUGAUGAUAUAUCUAAACCAUAUUGUAUCAUAGCUUUAAUAGAUAUAGCUGAAACAUUCUCUACUAAACUCAGUUUUAGUUAUGGUACAGACAGUUCUAUACAGAUGUGUAAAUCACUGUUAAUGUUAGUUCAUUGGUUACUAAACAACAUUCUCAAAUGUCUACAGAAAAUACAGGAUGGCAAAUCAACCCCAGAAUAUGUCAGUAUUACAGAUCGUGCCAGUUCGGCCGUUCUUAAAACUCUAGAGAAACAGACAGUCUGUACCUUAUUACAGAUAGCUAGAGCAGAAGUCACAGAUAAUUAUCGUGAUUUUGAACAAGCAGAAGUUAAUGUGAGAGGAACUUUGUCUCAGUUAUCACAAUCUCAGAAUGCAUUGCCAGCAACUACUAAAGAUAAAGUAUCUGAAAUGUUAGGAUCAUUGUCUCGAUUGCAAGAUAUGAAUUUACCUAGUGAUAAUGAUGAUGAUGGUCCGAAACUACAACUAUGUUCUACUAUAAAUACCCUUGUCUCAUUAGAGGCAGUACUUAACUCUACUAAUGAACUACAACCAUUUGUUGAUCAAACCAUGGUUAUAGCCAGACUAUUGUUUUUUCAGAAACUAUCAUGGCCACAGUUAUAUGUAGAACUAUUCCGUGCUUGUUUUAUGGGAAUAAUAGAUGCUCCUGCCAACAGUCCAGAAGAUUUAAAAUGGACAUCGUUUACUUUUCUAAAGAUUCCACAGAUAUUACAGAGAUUACAACAGAAUGCUGCUGGUCGAGAUGUCAUGGCCGAUUUAGAACAGAGUUUUGAACUUCUUAUAAAUUCGACUAAUUUAUUAGAUUUAGCUGAUCAAAAGAAAAAAUGUGAUUCAAUAGAACAGUUAUUACAAGGCUGUAUUAAAGCUGAUUUAUUAAAAGAUGUACAUAGUCAACGUAUCAUGCAACGACGUGAAAAAGAAAGAGGACGUCUGCUAGAUAAAACUGAAAGUAGCCAAGGUGUACCAUGUAGUAGCAUCGUUAUACUGAGGGCUGAGGUUACUGUGUCUAGCAUUCUCAAGGUAGAGACGUUAGAUACAGACUUCCAGAAAAACCAGGAACCGUUGUUCAGUCUUCUAUGUAAAAUGAUGUCUGGGAAAAGUUUUGAAAUAAUUCUUGCUGCUGCAGCAUCCAUGGGAGAACUCAAGAACCUGGCCAUCAAGUUGAUUAAAUUAAAUGAAUUUGCCCGUCAUUCAGCUGGUGAAGCCGGUAAAGCAUCACAGACUCGUGCUAGACUGUUUGAUAUCACAUUUCUCAUGUUAUGUCCUAUAUUACAACAAUAUGGUCUGGAGACCAUCACCAAUGGUCAUAAAGAAACAGUGGAUUCAUUUUUUGUCCAAUGGGCACAGAGAUGGUUUCCUGAAGAUGGUAAAUAUAAAAAUAUAGAGAACUGUAAUCCAUCAGAUUCUAAUAAAGUGGAAUCAUUAAUAAAUCUGUUUCUGUCAUCUGGAGAACUUAAAACAAGUUUAACUCGAUGGCAUGAAGUAUGUUUAAAUACACCGUUUGCUAUACAAGAAAUAUUAUUUGCCUGGGAACAUGGUGCAAUAGGUCCAGAACAAGUCAAGACUGUAUUAGAGAAUGUAAAGAAUUGGAUGUGUUGUUUACCAGUUGUUGUUAGUUGUUGGUUAUGUUGUUAUAUAAAUACUGCUGACCAGGAACGACGGGAAAAACCUCUACUCAUGUUAGAACAACUCAUGACAACAUCUAAUAAAUCUGAUUCAUCAUCACAGAAUGACAGCAGGUGCCAAUUUAUGAAGACAGUAAUAGAACAUUUAUCACAAGAAAUUUUACCAGCCAAUCAUCAUUUACGUAACAUCAGUAAACAAUACAUUCCAGCCAAUGAACCACCUGCUAUUAUACUAGAAGAAACAUUAAAACUAGUGUUUAGUAAAGGUUGGGUUGAUUUAAAGAGUUUACAUACAUUAGAACAAGUUUUAAAUCUCUGUGGAUCCGAUCGGUUCUGUGAUCAAGUUGUACAUCAUAUGUUAGAAAGUAAUAAAGUAGAUGAUCUAUGUAUGGCUGUAAGUCUGGUGUUUGCCUUAUUUCACAUGGAUUUAGAACAUCUGACACUAAGUUUAUUAGUGAAUACACUGCCUCGUAUACUAUACUCAGCAGAUAAUUCACAUCUAAUGAUUGAUCCUAGAGGUUAUACAUUAGCUAAACUUGUUGUACUCUGUAUAACAGCAGCACAAGUCUCUAAAGUUGGACAGAAAGAACCGUAUGUUAGAAGAGGGAGAAAGAGAUCUAGAAUAGAUGUUGAUGUUGAGGAAAUGGAUGAAUGUGAAGUUCGACCAGCUAAAAUGCGUAAAAUUAACGAACCUCAGCUAACUCUUCUCUCAGAGGAUUUCAAUUUUGAUGAUAUGACAGUUAAAGAAGAUGGUGAACAUUCUCCUGCAUUUGAUACAAAAGAACCUUUAAAUAAAGCUAUAGUGAAUCUCUUCUGUUUGUUAAAUGCUAUCGUACAUGACAAGAGAGUUACAGCUAGAACAGGUUUUAUCAGAUCAUUUAUUGACGAAGCUUUAAAAUGUGGUCCACAAUAUUACCGUUUUAUACUACAGUUUAUGCCAAGUAAUAUGCUACCACAGUUAAUGAAAACGAUGCCUGGUAUAUUCACCAACCAACAAAUCCUACACAUCUGUGACCUAUCAACUCUCAGUGGACGAAAAUUAGCAGCUAAAGCUGUCUGUCAUAACUCAUAUUUAAAAGUCACUUCAUGAAUAAAUACAUUUUAUAAAACUC